GCGUGAUUCCUCUCAGAGUGACGUGUCAUGUUGGAGUCUGAGAAAACCCGUAUCUCUCUUCCUAGCUUCUCUUUGUUAUUGACCAUUGGAUGAUGAAUUGAUGGAAAGGAAAGGGAAACGGUUUGCACGACGAGGGUCCACAACGAAGGUCUUUCUUCCUUUGCGUCCGUGCAUUUCGUGAUAUCAUUGUUGGACCAGCUUGCCAAACCUCGAAUUGUCUUCAGUCGUCCUUAACUGCGAUUCCUACAAUACAAUUCGUAAUUCAGAUUUAGCACAAAAUCUUUGUCGUCGCGAGUGUAUACAUCUGAUAACUGAUUGGACAAACCACCGGAUUCAUUGCUUUCAAGCCGGUCGCGACUCAUCGCGGUCUUGAAGGCGAGCUUCAAUUGAGCAGACCGUCGUGACUUCGGGUUGGGAUCACAUUAAGGAACGGAGAAGUUUUUCUGACCAAUCGAGUCUGGCAGAUCUGCUGGUCGAGGUCAAAGAAGCGAUACCAUGGUCAACCCGUUUUCUCACAUUCAACGCGGCCUGAACAUCUUGCUACCUUUCGCUACACCGGGUACACCUUUGUAUCAGGACUUACUGCAUCUUGCGGCUUUGUGUACAGCACUCUACUACGCCCCCCAAAUUCAAGCCCACAUUCAGGAGCAACGAACCCCUCACGUGCAACACCAUCCGGACUCUCGACCCGAAGAGGUCGAACACCAAAUACCUGAGCCGGAGAACCAACAAGCAGUACCUCCACCACGUCCAUUUGUUGAGGACGCAGAGGAAGAUGUACGAGAGCAACCAGACGCUCCUUUCGAUGACUUUGCUGGGCCGGCUGGUCCCCCUCAGGACGACGAUGAAGAGCCAGGUCCUGUUAAUCCACGACCUCAAGCCCCGCAGGGCAGCAACAACAAUCGCACUGUUGGUGCCAAGAAGGCAAAGUCCUUGCAGCGCCGAGAUCAACGCCGUGCAUAUCACGAGUUCAUGCGCUCACAAGGUGAAGCUCAACGUGCGAGAGAUGCCGAGGGAGCAGCGGAACGCGAGGCACAGCUUGCAGCCGAGAAAGCUAGACGUGCAGCAAAAGAGGCAGAGGUGGAAGCUAAGCGAGCCAAGGAGAGAGAGGAGAAGAGGCUUAGAGAAGAGAAGGCGCGCGAAGAGGAAACGCAGAGACGGGAGCUGGCUGUGCAGAUUGUAAGAAACGAGCUUGAGAGCAGACGAUUUGUCGACCUUGAAGAAGUGGCGAGUCGCAUCGGCGCAGGAGUCAAUCGAGAAUGGGUUGAGGGAUUGAUCAGAGCUUCAGGUUUGCUUCUCGAGAGCCAUGCACAGCACCGCAAUAUGAUCACUGCGAGUGGAUGGCUGGUCAGAGUAGGGCAAGAGGACAUGGAAGCUUUGUACAGCGAUGCUGUCAACGCCGCUGACGAGAAUGAUGGAACCGUGGCAUAUGCAGAGCUAGGUGCAAGGAUCGGAGGCAUUAUUGGGAAGGCCGCCACCUCUACAACGUAGUCAAGUCUGCUACCUCACAUUGAACUUAUAUCCCACUCUCUGUGCAGGACCGACAUAUCGCAAUUCGUUGUUUCGCAUUCGACAAAAACCAUGUGCUAGAACUUAGAGUACUAGGGAACCUGCAAAUGUAUAACAGACUCCCCACGUCGGCUGUGUGUUGCCUCUGCGAAGACGUUGUCUCGACCAUUGAUUUGGUGGUGCACGAAGCGGAAUGAGCGUUUGCAGAGAAGGAAAACAUUUACCUGUCUGUAGCAGUGGUAGCAAGCUAUUCAUCAUAUACCUAAUAUGCGACAACAA